AUGGACCCGCUGCCGCCGACCCUGGCACUGAUCACCGUGGCCAUCACCGCGGCCACCGCGGCCACCGCCGUCCCGGCCGGUGACACCGCCGCCCCGCCGGUGGUGGCCCUGGACAUGGCCCCGGGCGCCUUCGAUGACCAGUACCGGGGCUGCGGCCGCGCCAUGGCCGCGGCCCUGCCGGCGCUCAACCGCUCCGAGUUCCGGCGGAGCGGUCACUUCGCCGAGGGCUGGGCCCUGGCCGCGGCCGAGUGGCGCGUCCGGCCGUCCCCUCGGUCCCCUCGGUCCCCUCUGUCCCCGGCCCAGGCCAUCGCGCUGCUGGCCUACACGGCGCCGGUGCCGCUACACCGGGAGUUCAACGAUGCCGUGCGCACGGCCGGGAACUCCAGCCAGCAAUACCGGGACAAGUUCCACUUCAAAGCGCUGCAUUUCCUGCUGACCGACGCCCUGGCCACGCUGAGGGACGCGCGGGGACCGCGGUGUCACCGCGUGUACCGGGGCGUGCGCGGGCUGCGGUUCGAGGCGCGGCGCGGCGACACCGUCCGCUUCGGGCACUUCGCGUCGGCAUCGCUGCGCAACGAGAGCUCCUGGGCCUUCGGGACGGACGCGGCGUUCCAGGUGCUCACCUGCCAGGGCGCGGCCAUCCGGGAAUUCUCCUUCUUCCCGCACGAGGAGGAGGUGCUGAUCCCGCCCUUCGAGACCUUCGAGGUCACCGCCGUCACCGCCGUCACCGAGGCUGGGGACAAGGCGCGGAUCCAGCUCCGCUCCAGCGGGACCUUCAGCAACUACAACUGCGAGUGGCUGCGAGAGCAGCGCUGUGGGGAUGGGCCCUGUGUGUUUGAUGCAGGCAGGAGCAUCCCUGAGGACCUCCCCAACCUUGGAGGGCUCCUCCUGGCCACUGCGGCCCUGGCAGUGGCCACUGGGAUCCUCUAAACCACGAGGCCAAGACCACCAUGGUCAUUGUGGUCACCAUGGUCACCAAAGACGAUUGCACCCCCCAAGCCAUGAGGCCACCAAGGUCACUGAGGUCUCCAAAGUCACCAUGGCA